AUGUCGGAUUCGGCUCCAGCAAAAGCGGCAGCCAUAGCUGCGGAUGCACCAGACCUGGCGUCGAUCUCCAAGAACGCUGAGAAAAAGAAGGCCAAGAGGGCGGAGAAGGAGGCCCGACUAGCUGCGAAAGUUGCCACGGCGGGUCCCGCCUCGGGUGACAAGAAGGCGAAGCCAGCGAAGGAGAAGAAGAAGGAUGAGGAGGUACCCUUUGUCAAUACGACACCGAAGGGGGAGAAGAAGGAUGUCUCGCAACCCAUGGGCAGCGGUUACAACCCCAUCGCUGUCGAGGCGGCCUGGUACGACUGGUGGGAGGCGCAAGAUUUCUUCAAGCCUCAGCUUACACCAGACGGCAAGGUUAAACCUGAAGGCUCAUUCGUCAUUCCCCUUCCCCCGCCCAACGUCACCGGCAGUUUGCACAUCGGACAUGCGUUGACCGUAGCGAUUCAGGACACUCUGAUUCGAUGGCAACGUAUGCUUGGAAAGACCGUCGUAUAUUCGGUUGUCGAGAAGCGGCUAUACAAAACAUCGGGCAAGACAAGACAUGACCUCGGUCGUGAAAAGUUCUUGGGACUGUAUCAGGCUCGUAUCACCAACCAGUUGAGACGGUUAGGAGGCAGUCUCGACUGGGAUCGUGUUGCGUUCACCAUGGACGAGCCACGCUACAAAGCCGUCAUGGAAAACUUCUGCAGCCUUCAUGAUGCAGGUCUUCUCUAUCGUGCGAACCGGCUCGUCAAUUGGUGUGUGCGGCUCAACACAACCCUUUCCAACCUUGAAAACUUACUGGGAAGACUUGCUGAAUGUCCCGGGUAUGACGCAAAAGAGAAGUUUGAGUUCGGGGUCAUUACCUCUUUCGCGUACCCCAUCGAAGGUUCAGACGAGAGGAUCAUCGUGGCGACGACGCGGCCCGAAACGAUGCUCGGCGACACUGCCAUCGCUGUCCACCCGGACGAUUCCCGGUACAAGCACCUCCACGGCAAAUUCGCUGUCCACCCCUUCAACAACAGGCGGAUACCCAUCGUCACGGACGACAUCGCCGUUGACAUGGAAUUCGGUACCGGUGCCGUGAAGAUCACGCCCGCGCACGACUUCAAUGAUUACGAGGUCGGCGUCCGGCAUAAUCUGGAGUUCAUCAACAUCCUCAAUGAUGAUGGCACGUUCAAUGCUAAUGCGGGCGAGAGGUUUACGGGCAUGAAACGGUUCCACGCUCGUGUAGCCGUUGUUAAGGCGUUGCAAGAUGCGGAUUCCAUCUGCAGCAAGUCGGGAGAUGUCAUCGAGCCUAUACUCAAGCCUCAGUGGUGGGUAAACUGCAAACCCCUCGCUGAAGAAGCGAUCCGGCGCACGCGCGCUGGCGAGAUGUGGUAUCGAUGGCUGGAGGGCAUUCAAGAUUGGUGCAUUUCUCGUCAACUGUGGUGGGGUCACCGGUGUCCAGCGUACUUCGUGCGGAUAGAAGGCCAGGAACAGGAUCGAUGGCAAUACUGGGUGGUAGGUCGGACGGUAGACGAAGCUACCGAGCGCGCGAAGAAGCAAGACGAGGAUGUCCUAGACACGUGGUUCUCUUCUGGCCUGUGGCCGUUCUCCAUCAUGGGCUGGCCAGACAAGGUGCUCGAGACGGGCUGGGAUAUCCUCUUCUUCUGGGUGGCGCGCAUGGUCAUGCUCGGCAUCACCACACCGGUCUUCUGUCACGCUAUGAUCCGCGACGCGCACGGCCGGAAGAUGAGCAAGUCACUCGGCAACGUGAUCGACCCGAUUGAUACGGGCCAAAAGAAGGACUUCCCUAAGGGUAUCCCGCAAUGUGGCACAGACGCCCUCCGCUUUGCGCUUUGCGCUUACUCGUCAGGAGGUCGGGACAUCAACUUGAGCAUCAUGCGCGUGGAGGGCUACCGCAAGUUCUGCAACAAGGUCUUCAACGCGACGAAGUUCGCCAUGCUGAAGUUAGACGAGGAGUUCGUCCCGGAGCCGGUAGCACGUCCGACGGGAAACGAGAGUCUCGUAGAGCGAUGGAUUCUCGACAAGCUGAACUUCGCUGCGGACAAGCUCAACCGCGAUCUUGAACGCCGUGACUUCUUCGAGGCGACCAUCGCCGUACACAACUUCUGGCUGUACGAAUUGUGCGACGUUUACAUUGAAGCGAUGAAGGCCAUGACCGACGAGUCGGCUCCGUCUGUGACGAAGAAGUCGUCACAACAGACGUUGUACACAUGUUUAGACUACGGCUUGCGCAUGCUCCAUCCUUUCAUGCCCUUCGUCACGGAGGAAUUGUGGCAACGCCUCCCGCGCCGACUCAAUGAUCCUACACCGUCAAUCAUGGUUUCCUCUUUCCCCAUAUCUGACAAGGCGUUUGCCUUCCCCGGUGCCGAGAAGGAGUUCGAACUUGUCUACGACGUUGUCAGGUCCGGCCGUUCCCUCGCAGCAUCAUACAACCUGCAGAAGGACGCCCAGUUGUUCGUUCGCGUGGAAUCAGACAAGGAGGCCGCCCUCAUCGAGGGCCAGGUCCCGACCCUCUUGGCGCUCAUGAAGAACUUCAAGACUGCGAAGAUUGUGCGGACGAUUGAGGAGAUCCCUGCCGGGUGUGGCUCCGAUGUUAUCUCCCCCACCACUGUUGCAUACAUCCUUGUGCGGGGGCAGGUAGACCUCGACAAUGAAAUCAACAAGUCGGAGAAGAAGCUAGACUUGGCGCGGAUAAAUCUUGACAAGACGCGCAAGGCCGAGUCUCACCCCGACUACGAGCAGACCGUCCCCGCGGAUGUGCGCGCGGCCAACGAAGAGAAGCGGAAAUUGCUCGAGACGGAGGUCGCCAAUUUGGAGUCGUCGAUAGCGAUGUUUGAGAAGCUGAAGUAA